CAGUGCUCUGGGGACACUGGUUUCGGUCCCUGGCGGCCACUGUCCUCCGACCCAGGGGAGCUCCCGGAGAGCUGGAUGAAUUCUGGGUUGCUAGCUGCGCGCAGCUGGGCUCCCGGGAGCCGGUUCCUGGUGGAAAACAGGGGGCGUCUGGCCACGGGACCAGCGGCGCGCUGAGACUCAACAUGACCCUCCUGGGGGCUGAGCACUCUUUGCUGAUUAGGAGCAAGUUCAGAUCAGUUUUGCAGUUACGACUUCAGCAGAGAAGGGCCCAGGAGCAACUGGCUAGCCAGGGCUUCAUACCACCGCUGAGAGGUCCAACUGUGUUCCAUGAGCAAAGAAAGCAUUCGGACAGUGACCAGACAGAAGACGCCCUGCAGCGCAAGGUCAGAAGCAGGCCCGACCGCGCCCACUCGGCUACUAUGCACAUACUCCAGGCCUCCACAGCAGAGAGGUCCCUUCCCGCUGCUCAGAUGAAGCUGAAAAGAGCCCGACUUGCAGAUGAUCUCAACGAAAAAAUUGCUCUCCGGCCGGGGCCGCUGGAGCUGGUGGAGAAGAACAUACUCCCUGUGGAUUCUACUGUGAAAGAGGCCAUCAAAGGGAACCAGGUGAACUUCUCCAAGUCAGCAGAUGCCUUUGCCUUCGACGAGGACAGCAGCAGCGACGGGCUUUCUCCGGAUCACACUCGAAGCGAAGACCCCCAGGGCCCAGCGAGGUCCCCCCCAGACACCAAAGCUACGGAGACCCCUUUGGCAUGUCCUCCGGGGACAAUCCAGUCCAAGUCCUUGAGCGACAGUAAGAACCGCCACAAGAAGCCCAAGGACCCCAAGCCAAAGGUGAAGAAGCUCAAGUACCACCAGUACAUCCCUCCAGACCAGAAGGCAGAGAAGUCGCCGCCACCCAUGGACUCGGCCUACGCGCGGCUGUUACAGCAGCAGCAGCUGUUCCUGCAGCUGCAGAUCCUCAGCCAGCAGCAGCAGCAGCGCUUCGGCUACACCAGCAUCCACCCCACUCAGCUCAAGGAACAAAAUGAGCAGAUGGUCAGAAAUCCAAACUCUUCUUCAACACCACUGAGCAGUACCCCUUUGUCUCCUGUCAAAAACAGCUUUUCUGGACAAACCGGUGUCUCUUCUCUCAAGCCAGGCCCACUUCCAUCAAACCUGGAUGAUCUGAAGGUGUCCGAGUUAAGACAGCAGCUUCGGCUCCGAGGCCUGCCCGUGUCAGGCACCAAGACGGCGCUCAUGGACCGGCUGCGGCCCUUCCAGGACUGCGCGGGGAGCCCCGUGCCCAGCUUCGGGGACAUCACCACCGUCACCUUUCCCGUCACGCCAACCGGCGCUCUGCCCCAUUACCAGUCCUCCCCGUCCGCCAGCGCCUUGUCCAACGGCUUCUACCACUUCGGCAGCACCAGCUCCAGCCCCCCCAUCUCGCCCGCCUCCUCUGACCUGUCGCUGGCCGGGUCCCUGCCGGACACCUUCCACGACGCGUCGCCCUCCUUCGGGCUGCACCCGUCCCCCGGGCGCCUGGGCCCCGACGACAGCCUGGUGGGCAGCCUGAGCGGCGGCGGCGGCGGCAGCGUCCCUCCCGAGCUGGACGGGCUGGACUCCGAGAAGGACAAGAUGCUGGUGGAGAAGCAGAAGGUGAUCAACGAGCUCACCUGGAAGCUGCAGCAGGAGCAGCGGCACGUGGAGGAGCUGCGCCUGCAGCUGCAGAAGCAGAAGCGGAGCAAGGGCGCCGCCGAGCAGGAGCCGCCGCCCUUCCUGGGGGCGCCCAUCAAGCAGGAGGACGCGGCCUCCAGCUGCCCCUUCGCGGCCCGGCAGGCCUCUGCGCACAGACCCGGCGGCGCGGACGGCCAGGCGCCGGCGGGCGGCGCUGCUCCGCUCCUGCUGCCCCCGGGCGGCAGCCUCGGCCUGGAGCCCGCGGGCCAAGCCCACGCGCUUCCCUCCACCUUCCUCAGCCCGCAGUGCUCGCCGCAGCACUCGCCGCUCGGCGCCGUGAAAAGCCCGCAGCACAUCAGCUUGCCCCCAUCGCCGAACAACCAUUACUUCCUACCUUCGUCCGCAGGUGCUCAGGGAGAAGGGCACGGGGCCUCCUCACCUGCCAGCACCCAGGUGUGUACUGCACAGAACUCAGGGGCACACGAGGGCCAUCCUGCAAGCUUCUCCCCUCAGCCUUCUGGCCUCCACCCCCCUUUCUCUGGAGCCCAGGCAGACAGCAGUCAUGGUGCUAUGGGCAAUCCUUGUCCCCAAAGCCCAGGUGUACAGCAAAAGAUGGCUGGUUUGCAGUCUUCUGAUAAAGCAGGACCAAAGUUUUCAAUUCCAUCCCCAACAUUUCCUAAGUCAACUUCAACAGUUGCAGAGAUAACACAGCCUCCAUCCUAUGAAGAUGCAGUAAAACAGCAAAUGACUCGCAGUCAGCAGAUGGACGAGCUCCUGGAUGUCCUCAUUGAAAGUGGAGAAAUGCCAGCUGAUGCCAGAGAGGAUCAUUCGUGUCUUCAAAAGGUCCCAAAGAUGCCUAGGUCUUCCCGAAGCCCCACUGCUGCCCUCCCCAAGCCUUCUGCUCCCUUUGAACAAGCGUCUUCAGGAGGCCAGCUCUCAUUUGAUCACUAUGGCACAGACAGUGAUGAGCACCUUGAAGUCUUAUUAAAUUCCCACAGCCCCUUGGGAAAGGUGAGCGAUGUUGCCCUUCUAAAAAUUGGGAGUGAGGAGCCUUCUUUCGAUGGCAUAAUGGAUGGAUUCUCUGGGAAGGCUGCAGAAGACCUCUUCAAUGCGCAUGAGAUCUUGCCAGGUCCCCUCUCCCCGAUACACACUCAGUUUUCACCUUCUUCUGUGGACAGCAGUGGGCUGCAGUUAAGCUUCACUGAAUCUCCCUGGGAAACCAUGGAGUGGCUGGACCUCACUCCCCCAAGUUCCACACCAAGCUUCAGCUCACUCAGCACCAGCGGCCCGAGCAUCUUCAACAUCGAUUUUCUGGAUGUCACAGAUCUGAAUUUGAAUUCCCCCAUGGACCUGCACUUACAGCAGUGGUAGAAUGCCUGAUGCAAAAAUGCUAAGGAAGGCCAAUAGGAAUUCUACAACCACAAAUACUUGUAUUGUAUUACCCAAAAGGAGGAGCAGGAGGAGGGGGAAGCAGAGGAGGAAGAAAUUUAAAAGAAGCAGUGGAGAUUUCUUUGACUAUCAACAGCACAAAUAGGAGUCCUUUAUAUAUAUAUAUAGUAAUACUUACCAACAUUCAAUGACUGUUACUGAUUUUAGCAAUGCACUUAAAAUGUGCUUUCUCAGAUCAAGAAUGCCAAAAAAAAAAUCUUUCACUACCUUUUCAAACACCAAUAUAUUUUCUAGCCCAUAUUUAAUUAAGACAUUGUUGGGGCGUAAUCUCACCUUGUAAGCUUUUCUCAUGAAUUUAUUGGAAAGAAAAUGUAAACUUGGGAGUUCAGGGAAGUCAGUCCAUCAAAGGUUAUAGAAGACACACCUGUGAUGGAGGCUGAUUCUCAUAGCUCCAUUACUGUCUUUCAAAAUACAAGUAAGGCCCAGUUUCAGUUACGGAGUUCUUGAGGCAGACUAGAGGGACAGAACCAAUUCAUUCCCAGGGAAGAAAAAUCAACUCAGUGUCCCUUGACCACAAAGCUGCCCCAUCGGAAUGGUUUCCAAUCUCCUACCCAGAAGUCUGUGAGGUCACUGAUAAAAACUGACCCACCAUUGUUGCAGAGAACCCUUCCCAGAACUUCCCUUUUUCUUAACCAAUUAGCCGCAUCACUCCCACUCUCUCUGUGGUGGGAAGCAUUGUGAAACAGGCAAGAAACUCCUGCCAUGGGAGGUUCUCCAGCACCACCCUCCUUAGUUCCAAAGACUAGUGCUGACCUAAGCAGAUGAAAGGACCGCUCUAGCCUCAGGGAGCCAUAUCAGGGAUCAUUCAGACAGCGCUAGAGAACACUGUUUCCCAUAUCAUGGGAAUACUAGUAAGCCAUAGGCUAUUAUAACAGGACUAUGUGUGAGGUCCAACUUCUUUUUCUGGAAUGGGCAUGGUCUUGUUUAUUUUUCUCCCACUCAACUUUUCUUUCAAGAGACCAAUCCUUUCUUGCUCCUCUUUCAGAUAUCUUUCUUUUUUGCCCCGGCAUUGGGAGAAGAGGACUUCUUACUGUAGAUCUAAUAAGCUGCCAUACUCCUAAUAAAGCCAUAUUUCAAAAAGCUAAAACUCCAGGUUUUCCUGGAAAACUCAUUCUCCAUAUGCAUAAUUUGCUGCAGAAGGAAGUUGAAAGAAUGUCUUUAGGAAGAAACUGGUGACUUGGCCCAUCAGUCACCACGCUCAUUCUCCCCUCGUUUGAUUUACAGCAAUCACUGAUUUGGGAAAUUGGAAAUCAUUAUAUUGUAGAGAUACAAGGAGAGAGUGUUUUAGGUAUGGAUUUCUGAAAGAAAACACAAUGGUGCGUUGAAAACAGUGGGAGGAAGAAAAGACAGUGGUGUCGUGUGCAUUCCUCAUUACCUCUCACGCUUGUGCUGGGGGUUGGAAAACUCAGCCGUUGGGACGGUCUCCCCAAGGUGCACUGGGGCUUCACCGUGUUUAUAGUGUUGCA